CUAACAAAAAAAAUUAGGUCUCUUGGUGACGGUAGCUAUUAUGAAAAUCCUCCAAUUUUUCUGCUUUGGGAAGCUGGAAAAGGAUAACUCGAAUGUAAUGGUUUAAAUUUUAAUAUAUGUUUUAUUUCCUAUCAAAAAAAAAAAAGAAUUCAGUUUUCGGUGGUCAAAAUAAUUAUACUCUACCUUUUUCCUUUAUACUUCAUUCACAUAGUCCCCAGACAAUUCCUUUUCCAUUUCCAGGUUCUACUUCUCCUCUGAUCUCUUAGAUACAUUCUGUUUUUAACUCAUAUUGAGGAGUUUAAAGUCUAACCUUCAAUAUACACUAAUCAAAUCUCAGUCUUAUUGAGUUUUCAUCACAUUUUUUACAGUCGACUUUAUUGAGUUUCAACUGAAAACAGAAAAAACCACUUUUGAUUUCCGUUUAUACAAUUUCUUCCAAGUUUGAGACACCCUUUUCAGAAAAUGCUAUGAUUUGAAAUGAGUAGUUGAGAAUUCCUGUUUUUUUUAAUCAGGCAUUUGCAUCAACUAUGAGAGACCCAUAGUUGGUUUGAUUGUAAAUUAAGUUCUUUCAGAAACUUAAAAUGAUGGAGGAAGAAGAGAGCCCUAUAGUUAAGGGUAAGGCUCAGGAAGAGUGCCUUGCAGUAAAUGGUAAAGUAUAUGAAGAGACGGAACCUAAAAAGGGGUUAUGUGGUUUACUUUCAGAGCCUAGAGAUUGGUUUAGAAUGAUUGCCAAAGACACACAUUGGAGUUUUGUAUUCGGAGUUGUUGUUGUUUAUGGAAUCAGUCAGGGUUUAGGUGGUGGUAUUGGUAAAGUGGCUUCAGACUAUUACUGGAAAGAUGUUCAGAAAGUUGAACCAUCUGAAUCACAAAUUUAUUCUGGAAUUACUUCCGUUCCUUGGAUGGUCAAGCCUCUUUGGGGUCUUCUAACUGAUGUUAUUCCCAUUUUCGGGUACCGAAGACGGCCUUAUUUCAUAAUAGCUGGUAUCCUUGGUGUGUUCUCAAUGCUCUUGGUAUCACUGCACGAACAAUUGCAUAUAGUGUUUGCUUUAUUGUCUUUCACUGCUGGAAGUGCUGGUGCAGCUAUAGCUGAUGUGACGCUUGAUGCCUGUGCGGCUCAGAACAGUAUAAUACAUCCUUCUCUGGCGGCCGAUAUACAAAGCUUAUGUGGACUAUGCUCUUCAAUAGGAGCACUUUUGGGAUUUUCAAUAAGUGGCUUUCUUGUUCACCUAAUAGGCCCUAAGGGUGUGUUUGGUGUGUUGUGUAUCCCAGCUUCACUCGUCUUUUUGGUUGGAAUGGUGCUGGAUGAGCCCCACAUUCCCAGUUUCUCCUACACACAGGUUUACCGGAAACUCGUCGAUGCCAAUAAGUCUAUGUUCACAACCUUAAGAUGUGGAGCUGUAUGGAGGCCAUGUUUGUAUAUGUACUUGUCACUUGCAUUAAGCUUGAAUAUCCAUGAAGGAAUGUUCUAUUGGUACACAGACCCGAAAGCAGGUCCAGCCUUCUCUGAGGAGAAUGUUGGGUUCAUUUUUUCUUUCGGCUCAGUAGGUUCCCUUCUAGGUGUAUUGCUCUACCAAAAAGUUUUCAAGGACUACGAAUUUCGGGGCUUACUUUUCUGGACUCAACUGCUUUAUGCUUUAUCAGGAAUGCUAGAUUUGAUAUUGCUUUUGCGGUUGAACUUGGCAUUUGGGAUCCCGGAUGACUUUUUUGUUGUGAUUGAUGAAGGUGUUUCUCAAAUGACUGGUCGCUUAAAAUGGAUGCCUCUUCUCGUACUUAGUACGAAACUAUGUCCUCCUGGUAUAGAAGGUACUUUCUUUGCUUUGUUGAUGUCGAUUGAUAAUGUUGGUAUUUUCACAUCCACAUGGGGAGGAGGAUUUCUACUUCAUUUCUUGAAAGUUACAAGACUGAACUUCGACAAUCUCUGGUUGGCCAUUUUGAUCCGUAAUAUCAUGAGAUUAUCUCCACUGAUUCUGUUAUUUUUGGUGCCUAAAAGUGAUCCAUCUUCGCCAAUCCUUCCUAUUGAACUUUUGAAGACAAAAGAAAGUGUAAAAAUGCAGGACGAAGAAAAUAUUGAACUUGUUUCCCUUGUUAGAAGCACCCAAUAAGAGCUGGAUUAGAUAAUGGUGUUCAUGUACUCAAAGCAGCACCUAUACAUGCGGAAUAUGUUCCUCUGGGAAUGGGAAGAGAUCAAUGUAACCUAGCUGGUGCUCUCUUCCACAGACAGAAUCAAAUUUUCUCUUGAUCAUUAAAUAGUUCAAGAGUUUCAUUUUUGUUUUGUUUUUAAGUGAUUACCAUCGAUUGAAAUACAUGUUCAGAAAAGAAUGAUAAGUGAAAAUCUCUGUUAAAAUCAGAUAUAUUGAAUGAAAUGUCCCUCCAUCAA